AUGAAAAUUGAACUGGGCCGUCCUGGUUGGGCCACUCCACCUUACUCAGGAUCUCUUCAGCCGGUUUCAACCCAUCAGGUUGAAGUGACGAGGUUGAGAACCCUAACAAACGGAGAGAAUAUCAACCCCACGGCCAUCCUAUCGAGCAUGCAAAAGAAGAGUAAUCAUCAAGAGAGUACUACUAGAGAUGGGUUCGUUAGGUUCCUGCAGCGAGGAAGUUCGAAAACAAAGGGAUCAUCAAAACCGGUCACGAAUUCUCCGUCCGCAUGGGCAUUGUCUCCGGGUAGGACUUCACCGUUGAUGGCGGCGAUGGAGCCGCAAGGGUCUUCUUGUAGGACGACUGAGGUAAGGGGUAAGUGCUCCAAAGGCGGCGGCGUAAGCGGGGUUUUAAAGUAUUUCAGCCAGAAGAAGAAGGUGUCACCCAUACAAGAAGAAGAGUAUCAUCAAUUUCGAGUUGUGUAUAACAGGAUGUUGCAAUGGAGGUUUACUAAUGCUACAGCUGAGGUUGCCAUGGCCGCUGUGAAUAUAGAUGCUCAGGACAAAUUAUUUGGUGUGUGGGUGAGAAUCCUAAAAAUAAGGAACUCCACUUUGGAAAAGAGAAUUCUACUUGAGAAACUCAAUCAUGAGAUCAAACUACGUGAAAUCGUUGGCCCACAGCUACGCCUACUCAAUGAAUGGUUGAAGCUUGAAGCCAAAAACUUCGAAGCAGUCAGUAGAGUGAUUCGGAAACUCUCGGCAAUCCUAGUUCGAGUCCCCUUAAUUCAAGAAACCAAGGCCGACGUGAAGUCCAUGCAUGAAGCCAUAAGUGCAGCCAUUGAGGUCAUGGAAGGCAUAGAAAGCAGUAUUAUAGACAUCCUCUCACAGCCGGUGGAGAAACUGCUUUAUUUAGUCACUGAACUUGUAAGCAUGGUGGAACAAGAGAAACAGUGUUCGGAACAAAUGGAAAAUGUUGUCAUUUUGGUCCCUCCACAAGUUUUGUUGUCCGAGCAGAGUCUACGUGUACAUCUCAUCCAAGCAGCUAAGCUUCGGUCUAAUAAUACAUUGUUCUUUGACUCGGUUUGUCCCGAGAUGUCUGUUUAUGUGGUUUUAGAUGAUUUACCUGUUUCAUUGUGUUAA